CUUUCCUCACCCCUAGGCGCUGGCGGUGGUGCAUUCCCGAACCACCAAACUCAAUCGACGGCGGCGCGGCGCCUGCACGUCGACGGCUGCCUUCUCAAGCGCGGAGCCUGCACAUCGGCGGCUGACUUGACCCGCUUACGCCCCACCUUCCUACCUUCUCCUGCCCCGCUUCAUCCACCCCGCUGCUUGGCUGCGCCGUCCUGCCCCGCGACGCCGGAGAACGCCGGCGGUUGCCUCUCUUGCUCCCGCACGCCGCACCAGCCUAAGCUCUGCCGGCUGACUGAGGCAAGCUUUCCCUCCUCUUUCCGCCGAGGAGGAGAUGGCGCCACUCGUACUCAAGCGCCGCAAGGCAGCACCUUCCCCUUCCCCUCCCCUUUCGGAGGCUUCUUCCGACUCCGGCAGCGACUCCGACCUCAACCUCCACGACAACUCCGACCCAGAGGACGGCUUCUUCCCCGCAGGGAGCGCUGCCAAUGACGAUGACCAAGAUUUCUCUGCCAGCGACGAGGAGAUCGACCAUGACGAGGAGAGCGGCCAUGAAGAGGAGGAUGAUGGUGAGAUGGGGGAGCUCGAGGAGGAGUAUCGCACCCUCCAGGCCAGUCAACAAAGCAUUCUUCAGACAUUGAAACAGCACAGGGAUGAUGAUGCCUCGAGAGGCCAGGCAGUCAAAAACCAAAAGGCACUAUGGGAUAAGACCCUGGAAAUGAGAUUCUUGCUGCAAAAGGCAUUUACCACUUCAAACAAGCUUCCCAAGGAUUCCACCAAGUCAAGGUUCUGCAGUCACGAUCAGGAGAUAGAGCAAGCAUAUGUUGAUCUGUUGGAUUCAUCGAAACAGACUCUUGGCUCCAUGCUUGAGCUGCAGGAGGCUUUACUAGAGCGGAACCAGGCUGCAAAGGAUGUGAAAGUGACAGAUACUUUGCCUAAUUCAACUGGAGAGAAUGACGAGUGGUUGCAAAUGCAGAAAGUGCAGACAAGAAUAACCCUGUUCAGAAAUACUGAGAUAGAUAAAUGGCAGAGGAAAACACAGGUCACAACUGGCGCUGCUGCACUGAAAGGAAGGUUGCACGCAUUUAAUCAGAACAUAAGUGACCAAGUUGCUGGUUAUAUGAGGGACCCAAGCAGGAUGAUUAACAGGAUGUACCUGCGGAAAUCUGAUGUUGGUGUAUUUGGGGAGGGCAAAGAUGUGGAAGGUGAUCCUGAACUCAUCGAUGAUUCUGAAUUUUAUCAUCAACUUCUCAAGGAGUUUCUCGAGUCAUGUGAUACGGGGGCAUCUGAAUCCGCAUUUUAUGCUCUGAGGAAGAAGCAGCACAAGAAGAGAAAACUUGUUGACCGCCGUGCUUCAAAGAGUAGAAAGAUAAGGUACAGUGUCCACGAGAAGAUUGCUAAUUUCAUGGCCCCGGUACCGAUGACAGUUCCUCCGAUGGCUUCAAAAUUGUUUGAGAAUUUAUUUGGAAUGGGCAACCAAAAGGCCCCUGCGGUCUGAUUUAAGAAACGAUUCAAAAUUUUGACGUCAGAAGAAGAUUUAGCUAUUCCUUCUUACGUAGUUUUAAACUGUAAUAUGUGAUGGCCUUACUGCUAGAAGAGCAGUGAAGCAAAAUUGUUGUAUCGUUGGGCCUAGGAAGCGCAUUUCUGUUUUAUAUGUAGUCUCUGUGUGAUGGAUGGUAUAAUUCAAAUCCCAUGGGAGUGAUGUACUUUCUCCGUUCCUAAAUAUAAGUCUUUGGAGGGAUUCCACUAUGGACCACA